AUGGAACUAGGGCAGUUCCGUGUUGCACCUGAUCAGAGGGAGAAGUUCUUGCAGCGAUUUCAGCAGGUGCAGCAACAAGGUCAGAGUACUCUUCUUGGCAUGCCUCCUCUAGCUGGAGGAAAUCACAAGCAGUUUUCUGCACAGCAACAGAACACACUCCUGCAGCAGAAGCAGGACCAUCUCCUCCAUCCUCAGAGUGGUUAUCAUCCCAAGCACCUGGUGGACAAUGGACCAAUCAUUUCGUUCGAGUCAGCGCACCACUCAUCAGCACAUGUGCUUGUUCCUAGUCUUUGGCCAAAUCGGGAACCCUUAUAUCAGGGUGACCGAGGAUGCACGUGAGAUCAUUUAUCCUACAACUCUUCGCUAAACCCACAGCAUCAAUAGUCUUGGCACAAAGUGGUGCAGUAGAUGUGCUCAGUCAAGUAUCCACAUGCUCUGGAUCUAGAAGUGGAAUGGGUGAUGAUAAUUUCAGAUCCUAAGUCGAUGGUGGUUUCGGAUCUUGUUCUUGCUUCUUGGCUGCACCUGAUGGCC